AGGUCGAGGGCAGGCAGUAUCCUGUAAAGACGCAUUACGUUGACAGUCCGUCAGACGACGUUAUUGAGGCAGCACUUCAUCGCAUAUUUCAGAUUCAUUGCAAAGAGCCAAUGCCUGGAGACAUCCUUGUCUUCAUGACAGGUCAAGAGACCAUCCAGUCGCUGCAGCAGCUUGUCGAAGAAUACGCACUUAACCUAUCAGCCGAAUUUCCAGGCAUCUCAGUUUUACCGCUCUUUGCUGCGCUCCCACAAGCGGCUCAACAGCGGAUCUUCCAGCCUCCUCCGCCCAACACCCGCAAGGUCAUUCUGUCGACCAAUAUCGCGGAGACGUCGGUAACUGUACCUGGUGUUCGCUUUGUCAUUGACACGGGCAAAGCGAAGGUCAAGCAGUUCCGCAACAGGCUUGGAUUAGACUCGCUGCUCGUCAAGCAGAUCUCUAAAUCAUCUGCAGAUCAGCGACGGGGUCGUGCUGGCAGAGAAGCACCUGGGCAAUGCUUCCGACUGUACACCCAAAUUGCGUACAAUGCUCUUGAUAACGACACCACGCCGGAGAUACUACGAUGCGACUUAAGUGCCGCAAUCUUAACAAUGAAGGCAAGAGGCGCGAGUGAUGUUUUGACCUUCCCGUUCCUUACACCGCCACCAACGGAAGCUAUGGAGAAAGCGCUUCUGCAUCUUCUACAGCUUGGAGCGCUCGAAGAGCACGGUUCAAUCAGUGCCCUUGGCCGCCAGAUUGCGCGCUUGCCCCUCACGCCUUCUCUCGGUCGCGUAAUCGUCGAAGCUGCCCGGCCAGAGAUGGAUUGUCUGCUUGAGGUGAUCGACAUCGUGGCGUGUCUGGAUGUGGAGAACAUUUUCUUGACUGCGCAGACCGAGGAUGUUCGAGAGAAAGCGGCAGCGGCACGAGAACAGCUUCUUCGACGACAAGGUGACCACCUGACAUACCUCGCAGCAAUCCAGACGUACGCGGCUGAAAACUCGGACAGACGAAGAUGGGCAGAUGAUCACUUAAUCUCUCACCGAGCCAUGCAGAAUGUGAUGGACGUCCGCAAGCAGCUCAGAGCUCAAUGCAAGCACGCUAAGCUCUUACGUGAUGACGCAAAGGCCAGCUCAGCACCGGAUGAAUCCACGCAAGAACGCAUAUUGAAGUGUUUUUUGCGAGGGUUCGGUGGCAAUGUGGCACGGUUGUGCCCGGACGGCAGCUACAAGACGUUCGUCGGUAACCAGACGGUAGCGAUCCAUCCCAGCAGUGUGCUGUUCGGGAAGAAAGUGGAGGCCAUCAUGUACGACAAAUUCGUGUACACGACUAAAGCGUAUGCGCGGGAUGUUAGUGUCGUGCAGUUAAGGUGGCUGGACGAGAUGCUAGGCUAACAGAUCGUGGGAUAUCCGGUUCCAACUUCGUCAUCGGCGCUGCCGACUUGCCGUCAAGCCUUUCCAGGGUCAGAUAUGCAACGAGGAAUGGAGCAUUAAAGAC